AUGUGGCGGGCGGCGCGCGCGGACCCCGUCGCGGCGCCCAGCGGCGCCGCGCUGCAGCAGUGGGCCCAGAACAACAGCAUCGAGCUCGACGCAGCCUGCUCCAUCGACGAGGCUACGGUUGCGGGCCUCCCUCUCUGUCUCCGGGCCUCAGGCGCGAUCAAACGGGGCACCGUCGUCGUGACCGUGCCCGAGGACGCCUGGCUGAAGGCCCCUGCAUCCUCCGGGGACCUCCCUCCGUGGGCCGCGCUCGCCCUCGAGCUCGCACGCGGCCGCGGGGACCCAACCGGCGCCGCGGCGUUCCUCCCAGAGACCCCCGCGUCGCCCCUCGGGUGGCCCGCGGAGGACCUCGAGCUCCUGCAGGGCUCCCAGGCGGCGUCCACCCUGGCGAACUACCGCGCGGCGGUGCUCGAGCGGCUCCCGAGCGAUGCUGGUGUGUCGCAGGAGGACUGCCUGUGGGCCGUGGCGACGGUGCGGGAACGCAUGCACGAGCCCCUGAUCGGGUCGGAGCUGGCCGUGGUGCCGGUGGCGGACCUCGUGGCGCACUCGCGCCGUCCGAACGUGAAGUGGGAGAUUCGCGCGACGGGGUUGUUUGGGCAGGGUCCGCGGAACCUCUGUGUGGUUGCGACGCGCGACGUGGCGCCGGGAGAGGAGCUGAGCCUCGACUACGGGCCCGAGAAGCUCGAGGGGCAGAUCGCGCUGGACCACGGGGCGUAUGACGCGGUCGCGGGGCGCGCGGGGGUGUCGCUGACGCUCGAGCUGCCCGGCGACGACAAGAUGUUCGACGACAAGAUCGACACGCUCGAAAUCAACGGCUUCGACCAGGCCGUGGCGUUCGAGCUGCUCCCCCGCCAGCCGCCGAGCGAGGACAUGCUCGCCUUCCUCCGCCUUGUCUCGCUCUCCGGCCCCGACGCCUUCCUGAUGGAGCCCAUCUUCCGUAAUGAGGCGUGGGCGCACAUGUCGCUGCCAGUCAGCGAAGAGAACGAGGCCGCGGUGUGCGAGGCCAUGGGCGCCGCGCUGGACGCGGCGCUCGAGGGGAUCGGCUCGACGCCCGACGAGGAGUCGGCGAUCAUCCGCGCUACGGGCGGGCGCGGGCGGGCUGGACUCGCCGCGGCGAUUCGGCUCGGAGAGCUGGAGGCGCUGGGGUCCGCGCGGCGCUGGUUCGCGACGCGCGCGACGGAGGAGGUGCUCGGGCAGCUGGAGUACUACGCGGAGCGGCGGCUGAAGCGGCUGGGGUUGAUGGAUAAGGAGGGCAACAACACAGAGUAG